ACGAGUAUACAUGUUUACUGAUUUCAUAUAACACCUAGACCGAUACAUAGUGACAAAAAAAGACAAUUCGAAUCAUGGCUGAAGCAUUAAAGAAUGUUAUUGCUCAUAGUCUGGAGUGUCCUGUAUGUCUGGAUACCUUCACCGAUCCCAAGAUCCUGUCUUGUUCUCACACCUACUGCAAGGCCUGUCUGGACAACCUCUUGGAAUGCCAUGGUAGCGACCAGAUGCUCCGAUGCCCUGUCUGCAGAGCUGAAACACAGAUCCCAAACCAAGAAGUCAGCAAAUUACCGGCAAGUCUAGCUUUGAAGUCUCUCAUAGAAGACAUGAAUAAUCAGCAUAAGUUUUGCAUGAAUUGCAAAUCAGACGACAAACCCCAAGCUGUUGUCUACUGUCAAGACUGUGGCAAGUAUCUCUGUAUCACUUGCCACAACGCUCAUUCUCUGUGGCAAGAUUUCAUAAGUCAUGAGGUUCUAGCCAUGAGUGAGAUCGAAUCAGGGAAGGUGUCAGUGCGUAGGUAUCGCAAAUGCAAGAAACAUCCCAAAGAGGAUGAGGAGUGCUUCUGUUCCGAAUGCAGGAGAUUUGCCUGCUUCAGAUGUGUUGUCAUGGAGCAUACAAAAGAAGGACAUCAGGUCAUCGAGGCAGCUGUUUAUGAAAGCAGCCAUAUGAAGAGUAUCGAGGACCUCAAAUCCAAGGCGGACAAUAAACGCUCUUGCUUUCAGAAAUACGUUGACUUCAUUGAUGAACAGAAGGAGCAUGUGAGCAAAGUCCAGAAGCAGUGUACAGAUGAUAUCAACAAAGCAUUUGAAGAAUCAGUUCGGCAGUUGACAAAGAAGAAAGAAAUCCUCAUUGGUGAAGUCAAGGGUAGGACCGAAGGAGUACAGAAAGAACUGAACGAAAUGAAGAAAUCGGCUGAGGAGCACAUUACUCACUUGACCAUCAUAGCUGACGUGGUAACCAAUAAGACAAAGGUGCCGUCAGAUAUGGAUGCUUUGGCUGCACACGACACUUUAUGUCAAGACUUACAGGAGGCCUUGAAACAAGAAGAUCCUGACUACAAGCAGCCGAUGCAAUCGAGCAAGAAAGGGAAAAGUGUCAGUUUUAAGAGGAACGUUGGAAUGGAUGAGAUAGCUCUCGGUACGAUCGUAAAUGGAGUUGUAAAGAACAUCGCUUUGCCUACUAAGAAUAGCAUGAGUACCAUGGUUAGUACACCAGACGGUAGGAUGGCAGUGGGAUGUAGUACAGGUGGCGUGGAGAUCUUCUCUGCUGAUGGCGAGCUCCAGCAGACAUUUCUCAAACGUGUGAAGAUUCGUGGAGUAGGGUUCCUCUCUAAUGAUCGGUAUGUUAUACUUGAUGACUUUAACAAUAUCACACUGUACACACUAGAGUACACAAAGUUGAAUGUAAAGUUCAAGACUCUGAGUCAUGAUGAAUGUGAAUUUGCUGAUCUCACUGUAGACAGUAAUGAUCAGAUCUAUGUUAGGUACAGUAACUGGAAAGUUCAAAAGAUCCAGGUAUUCUCCCCAGCAGGUGGGAAGGCAAUCAGGGAGAUACCAUAUGAUGGGUUUAUACCUGGGCAGAUUACUAGUAAUAACGAUCACCUGAUCACCGCAUCGUGGGAUACAAUACGAUUGAUUGACAAACAAGGUGUUGUAAAAUAUGAAUUAGCAAAAUUAGGUGAUAAUCUAUCUCAUGCGGUGUCUCAAGGGAAUACAAUCUUGAUAGCCACCGUGAAACACGAUGCAGCUUUGGUUAGCAUUGACGAGUACACUAACGAGCUGAAGCAUGUCCAGAGCAUCGUCAUUGAUUACGAUAUUGAGAAGCCCGAGAGAGGGUGGUACUAUCUCCAGCAGUAUCGAUCAGGAGAGAUCGCUCUCUGCACUCCUGAUAGACUCUAUAUAUUUCACUGAAACAAAUUGAUGACUCCCCCUUACUUGCACUGU